CGUGAAUUCACCUGCAUGGAGUUAAGGCCUCUCUUGGAGCCUGCUCUCCAGGUGAGUGUUAUGGGCUCCGGUAGGGCACCUGGAGAAUCCAAGACCAGAGGAGAACAAGGAGCACCUGCUCUGAGGAACAUAGACAAGCUGUGGGGAUGGCCACCUGCCCCAAACCCUGCCGGGCCCAGUCUGCACAGCCAGCUACACCUGCUCCAUAGGGAGAUGCACAGAAUGGGGGGUGGCCUGGUCCAGUGGAGCCUGCGGCAAUGGUGCAGGGUGCCUGUGGGAACCUACAAAGACAGUGACAUCACAAUGGUGACAUCACAGGCAAGCCCUCCAAACAGAGCAAAGGGAGGAACAAACUUCUGCUCUCUCACCCGAAAGACCAGAGCCCCAAGUAUGGAGAUGGCCAGCCUUACCCUGUCUGCAUCUGCCAGGGGCACCCGGCUCCUCUGCUGCGUGGCCCUCUGUCUCCUGGAGGCAGGUUCAGUGGAUGCUGGAGUCACCCAGUCCCCAACACACCUAAUCAAACGCCGUGACGGGAAGGCCGUUCUGAUAUGCCACCCCAUGUCUGGACACGAUACUGUGUCCUGGUACCAGCAGGCUCAGGGGCAGGGCCUCCAAUUCCUCAUUCAGUAUUAUGAGAAGGAGGAGAGAGAGAGAGGAAACAUCCCUGAUCGCUUCUCAGCUCAACAGUUCAACAACUACAGCUCAGAGCUGACCAUGAACAACUUGCAGCUGGAAGACUCGGCUGUGUAUCUCUGUGCCAGCAGCUUAGACACAGCCCUGCAGGGUUAAUGCCUUUCUGUACUCAAACCUUCCUGUCCCAGCUGAGGAAUCAGAGGGAGAGGGUGGGGGCCUCAGCCGAG